CUGGCCUGCGGCUCCCCCUUUGGCGCCCUUUGCCCCGACCUCUUCCUCAACACCCUGAGCAGGGGGGUGGUCAGCAACCUGGCCGGGGAGGAGAACGCCCUCGUCCUGACCGACGCGCGCUGCCUGCCCGGCACCGAGGGCGGCGGCGCCUUCCUGCCCUCGCCCCCCGGGCCCCGCUUGGUGGCCGUCAUCGCCGCCUCCUUCUGCUGGAAGGGCGCCGAGUGGGUCGGGCUCACCCUGCUCUGCUCCCUCGCCGCCAUCCUGCGCAGCAGCGCCGGCGUCCUGGACGAAGCCGGGGUGGUGGUGCCGCUGGCGCCGGGGCAGGUGGCCGCGGUGCAGGCAGGAGGCAGGCGGGACCCCCUGGCCUGGGCGGCGCUGGUGGAGUGCGGGACGGUGUGGGGCUCAGGCGUGCUGCUGGGCCCCCGCCUGCUCCUCACCUGCCGGCACGUGGUGGAGGCGGGUGGCCCGCUCACCACCCCCUGCGCCGUGCAUGGGGGCUCCAGCGGCGGCCCCCUCAUCUCCUCCCGCAGCGGAUGCCUCCUGGGGAUUGUGGCCAGCAACACCCGGGACACCGGCGCAGGGACCACCUACCCCCACCUCAACUUCUGUAUCCCCAUCACCGUCCUGCAGUCCCCUGUUGCUCGCUACCACCACACUGCCAACCCCAGCGCCUUUGCUGCGCUCAAUCAGGCAGACGAGGGGGUGCGGGCAGCAUGGCGGCUCCAGCGGCAGCCAGGACCCCCCAGCAAGCUCUGA